CUCACCGUUUUCUGCCAGGAAGAAACAUGGCUGCCUACUGUUCACCGACGGCGUUUUUAUUUACGUUUCGUUUGUUAACCGUUUUAAGACAGUCGGAGAAAGAAAGAGACAGGGUCAACGGCUACACCGAGGUUCAGGUUAAUUAAAACCGUUUUUAGUGUUCCGGUAAGUAGUCGCCAUUCAUAGUGUCACGGUAAGUUAACGUUACCCGACAGUUUUUUUUUUUUUUCUAUUUUCGCUGAGCUGUCAAGCCGCUCUUGAGCAUCACACUGCCUUUUUCAUUCAACCUUUUGUUAGCCGCAUACGUUACUGUGAGUCCAGCGCACACUCAUCCGGUAAUAGUCGCUAUGUUUAGCCCCGUGAAGUCCUCUUAUUUCAGAGUUAGUCCGGCCAUUGUCAACAGAGAACUCGGGAAGACCAAGAUGAGAUAGCAAGAGGGCACAUCGGCAGUGUUAACAUUUACGACGAGGGAAGAGUCCCAGAGCCAAACUAAGGGAGAGAAAAAAAAACAAAAAACGGAGUAUAAUAUUGACACGGCAUGUUUGGGAAUCUUUUCGAGGAAGAGGAGGGGGAAGACUUCUCCUCGACCUCCUCCAGGGGGCGAGUGACAAAGGGGGGGAGUGAGCCACCUCCGCCUCGGGGUAAAGCGAAGCUGUCCGGCAUCAAGAACCAGGGGGGCACAUGUUACCUCAACUCUCUGCUGCAGACCCUGCUGUUCACCCCAGAGUUCAGAGAGGAGCUGUUUAGUUUGGGCUCAGAAGAAUUAGGAUGUCUGGAAGACAAAGAGAAACCAGAAGCCAAGGUCAGAGUGAUCCCACUGGAGCUGCAGAGAUUGUUUUCCAGUCUGCUGCUGGUGGACCAGCAGAGCGCCUCCACUGCCAACCUCACUGACAGUUUUGGCUGGAACAGCAGUGAGGGAACAAAUCAGCAGGACGUACAGGAGCUGAAUAGGAUUCUGUUCAGUGCGUUGGAGCACUCUCUUGUGGACACCUCUGGCAGUACGUUGAUCCACCGGCUGUACCACGGCACCAUCGUCAACAGCAUUGUCUGCAGAGAGUGCGGUAACGUCAGCCAGAGACAGGAGGACUUCCUGGACCUGACGGUGUGUGUUUGUGGCGUGUCCAGCCUGGAGGAGGCUUUGUGGAACAUGUUUGUGGAGGAGGAGAUGUUUGAGGGAAACAACCUGUACCGCUGUGCCGGGUGUGACAGGCUGGUCACUGCUGCCAAGUCUGCCAAGCUGAAGAAGCUCCCUCCCUUCAUGACCAUGUCUCUCCUGAGAUUCAGCUUCGACUUCAACAAAUGUGAGCGAUACAAGGAGACUGGACGCUACUGUUUCCCCCUAACCAUAAACCUCCGGCCAUUCUGUGAACAGACUGAUGGAGAGGACUCUGAUUUCACCUACGAGCUGUUCUCUGUGAUUAUCCAUAAGGGCGGCUGUUAUGGUGGCCACUAUCAUGCUUAUAUCAGGGACAUUGACCAGCUUGGCAAAUGGGAGCCGCAGGAGGAGGAAUGCAAACCCAAGACUCAAAUGAAAGUCAAGGAGAAGGUCAAAGAAGCAUGUGAGCCAAAGCUACAAGAGGAUGACCCUUUGUCUGUUCUCACUGCUAUUAUUGCCCAGGAGCCAUCAAAGAGUGUCCUGUUGGACCAGCUUGGACAGAAACUCCUGGAUAAGAUCGGUUCAUCCUGGAGCAAGAAGUUCAGAAAGCACUAUGGUCCUAUUGGAAAGUUUCUGCAGUCCCACAGCGAUGUUUUCAUGUUGGUGUCAAGCGGUACUCGAGUGGCUCUGAAGGCAAACCCGCCCAGCCCUGUGACAGAGCCCCCCAGCCCAGGAGAGCAAACCCCUAACUCUGACCCAUCAACACCCUCAGACUCUGAAGCUGCUGAACAGACCGGACUGGAACAGAAGACAGAACCUGAGCAAGAGCAGGGUAGCCACUGGUUUGACCUUAACGACUCGUCGGUCACCUCCAUCAGGGAGUCUGACAUAGAGAAGCAGUUCCAGGGCAAAGAGAGCGCAUACAUGCUGUUCUACAGAAAAACACAGCUGCACAGGCCCAGUGAAGCCCUGAAUAAUCCUCAAUACAAAGUUCCUCUUCAUCUCACCCAAAUGGCUCAGGAGGAGAACCAAAGAAUUCAGCGAAUACGUGAGGAGUUUGAAGCCACCAAUAACACAGUGGAGCUCCGCCUCCACCUGGCACCCAGUUAUAGGCUGGAGAACGGAGCCCUGCAACCGAUCAGUAAGGAGCAGGAUGGGAGCACCGCGCUGAGUUUCGACCGCAGAAAGACUGUGGGAGAUCUUCGAUUAGCCAUUUAUCAGAUGCAGGAACUCUGGGAAGGGGACAUGGCUCUCACUGUGGCUAAGAGUCUCCCUGCAGGUCUACACCUCUACAACACUUUAACAGAUGACAGUGUUUCCCUGUACAGCGCAGGCAUUUCUACAAACUCUGAUCUGUUUGUGUGGAACGGCAGAGAGGUGUGUGGUGCAGCUGUCCUAACGGGAGCAGAGUGGGAGCCAGUGUUGCUGACUGUGGUCCGUCCCUUUUUAGGGGAUGACGGGGAUCCGCAGGUGGAGGAUGGGGUGGAGUGUGUGGAGGGAUCUGGAGGUGGUUUUGAAAACGGGGCGCCGGGGCUGAAAAGGGAGGCGAGAGGGUUUGCAGGAGCUGUUACACUUCGGGAGGUGAGGGAGGCGCUGGGGGAGCCGAAGGAGAGUGUUCUGUGUCAGAAGCAUAAGGGAGGAAAGAGAGAAGAACAUGGGGCAGGAGAGGGAGGAGGGGCGAGUGGUUGGAGGGUGUUUCCGCCUGAUGACAUGCAGCGGACACUUAAAGAGCUGUCGCUGAAGGAUGGGGACGCGCUGCUGGUGCUGGAGCCUCAGUCCUUCGAUUGCAGCAUGUUCACUCUAAACGGAGACGUCGUCACUGUGACUACACCUUCUGACUGCCGCUGGCUCCAGGUGGAGUUUCAACCACAUGGAGGAGGAGAAGAAGAAGGGGAGAAAGAAGAGGAGAGGCGCAAGAUCAAGGUUCCUGCUACAGGAAAUAUGCUGCUGUUUGAGGUGAAACAGAGGGCCAUAGAGGAGCUGCAGCUACACUCAGGUGCACAGUACUGUCUGAGGCAGGUGGACUGCACAGGGAAACUCCUUCCUCCAGUGUGUGAGGAGGCGAGUGUUCGGGAUGCAGGGGUGCGACUCAUGACCACACUGACUCUCUGUCCGGGAAAUGCCCCCAAGGCAUCACAGCUUUUCUUGCACUUUUCUGUGGGCGCAGCGCCCUCUGCUGGCGUGGAGAUGGACAUAAUUGUGGAGAAUACUUGUACUGUAAAAGAGUGUCUGAAGGCAAUGCUGGAUGCUGUUGGACUGGACGGCUGUUGGCACUUGAGGAGGCUCGAUUGGUGUGAGGAGGUUGGAGAGGCACUUAUGGAUGAGGAUGCUUCACUGUCAGAGCUGAAGAUCAGUAAUGGAGACACAUUGGUCGUCACAGAAGGACAACUUCCUCCAAAGGGCUUUCUCAAGCUAUCUGUGUGGCUGUAUCUGGAUCCCGGAAACAACUCUGCAGAUUUUAAACUCGCCAACAACAGCCUCUCUGAGGAGCAAGUGCUGGAGGUCGUGACUCCAGGUGAAACGCACUCUGCUGCUCUGAGAAGUGUCGGAGAGGUGGAGAUCUCAGACGAGGCCACUCUGGAGGAUCUCAAGACUCAGGUGCUGACACUGCCUUCACUUCAACAUGUGUGCAUGCCAACCACUGCGUUCAUGCGUGUGUGGCAGCUUGAGGGAAAGAGGCUGGCACGUAUCCUCCGAGGACAACAACUCACACUCAGGAAGUUGAAGCUGGCAGGUGGUGCAGACCUUUGUAUCCAACAGCUACUAAAGGAGGAAGAUCUUGGCCCCAAAGAGUUGUUGCUGAACAUUAAAAUGGGAGUACCAGGGGAGAGGUGUUACUACCCCCAAGAGGAGCUGGUUUGGGAUGCAUCCCGCGACUCUUCUCCGCGCUGUCUACGCACCUGUUUGGCUGCACACUAUGGCCUCUCCCCCGACUCUCUUCUGCUGGCCAAAUACCAGCAAGACAAACAUACCUGGGAAGAAAUCUCAAACUGGAAUCAGCAGGUUUCCAAAAAGAAAAAGAAGAAAAGGGCAGAAUCUCUACUUGGCGCACCAUUCCACCUCAAAGACGGUGACACAAUUGGCAUCAAGAAUCUCUUGAUUGACAACAACAGGGACUUUGUCACCCUGGAGGACGAGCAGCUCCAGCAGAUGCUCAGAGCGCAGGCAGAGGAACGCAGGAAAGGAGGGGAGGCUGCAGGCUGUGACGGUGUCGGACCACAGAAGAAGACUGGGCAGACCAAAUCCAGGAAACCAGAGGUAGCGCUGUCAAUCAACGUUGGGGUCUUCAGAUAGCACCCUGCUCUCAAACAAAUCAGAACUACCUAUAACAGCCACUUUCACAAGCACACACACCAUUUUGCAUUUUAGGACAAUCUACAGAUGGGAAUCUCGUGCCAUUUCUCUUAACUCGAUUUUUCCAGAAAUGUUCAAAUCCCUGUUCAGUCUAGGGUUAGGGUUCAGUCUAGGUUUAAAUUCCCGCUUCCGUUGACAGGAAGUAUCUAAUUUGUGUUAAGCACCAAUCGACUGUAGUUUGCAUUACUUCUGUGUAAUAUUACUGCAACUGCCAUCUUCCUCCAUCUACAAGCUUCAAAGUCAUUUAUGUUUCAGAGGAUAUUUGGAGAGGGUGUGGCCUCCAGGAAACCAGAUAUUUUUCACUAAACAUAAAGCUAAUUUACAACCUUAUAUUCAAAGUAUCAGCCCAACUAAAGUUUGACUUAAAGGGCUUUUUAAAGGUUAGUAGUUCUAAACUGACAACUUCUUCUAAGAGGAGUCUCUUUCACAGAUACUGUUCUAUCGCAAUCAACAUGUAGCCUCUUAAAUGUUGAGCUAUCUAACAAGUCUUCAAAUAAAAGAAUCAACCAUAGUUUGAAUCAAUCAUUAUUGAGCUCGUCAUUACUCACACAGUGAUGAUGAUAAACUCGUCAUUGUAACAGUUGUUAUCUUGAUCAUGGGCAUGUUUAGGGUUGAUAAAGGAGAGGAGAGUUUUGCCUUAACGUGGAGAAGCUUCAGUGCUGCUUUGUCCUCUCUACCUCACUCUCUACCUCUCUAAUUCCAGCUCUGCUGCCCGCUCACUCACUUUUAACCCCGCCAUUGUCUUACUUUUAUUCAUCAUUUUAAUUUCCUGUCUUCAAACUGUUGGAGCUCCUGCUGGGUUAGGUUCAACUACAGUUCAAAAAGUAUUAAAGUGACACACAGUGUGAUAAACAGCAUCUGCCUUUGUUUACUUCCAUUUAUAAAUGGUCUCUUAUAAAUCUAUAACUUAGAACGUGGAGGAACCACUGAUUAAUUAUUCUCCUUAAUAAACAGUUUGUUUUUCUUUUGGGACAUAAGAUGUUUCAUUUGCAUGAACUAUAUGUGAACUUCAGGGAAGUAAAAUGAUCCUUCUCGGUAAUAAUAAAAACUGGGGAAGGUAAUCUAAAUAUUUUCCUUAUUGAUUGGAGGAUUUGUUCAAUAUUAUAAUCUGGCCUUGAUGAGUGCCAAGAAUUUUUUUGUGUGUUUUCUUUUCAGCCAUUUUUUUUUUUUUUUACAACAUGAGAACGGUGAAGUUUAAUUUUGUAUCACACUGUAUUAAUUACUAGUGUUGAUUACAACUUUGUGUUAUUUGUCAGGACUCAUCUGCUGUAUAAUGUUAGAGAAUAUCUGAUUGUAUCUGCAGGAAUUAUUAUCAACAAUAAAGGUAUCAAGUGAUAA